AUGACAGGACACCGAAUAUUCCAGCCUCUUUUACUAAAGGAGGGGCUGAAGUCAAAGAAAAUCUCGCCAGAACUGGUAGAGUUUGGAAAUAUUCAGAUGUGGCAGAAGACCUCUUACGAACAGCGGCUUCCAUCGACUAGUGAGGCCAGUUCUUCGACCCCACGUCCAUCCGAUAUUUCGAGACCUACCAGUGCCUACCAAGGGAGCAGCACCAUGUCCCUCGCUACUCUAAGUAUGCUUAGUAAUAUGUCGGCUGUUCACACUCACCAAAUCUUUCUUGGGCCUUCAUCAAACGGUAUCGAGAUAUGGCGGCCGGAACCACCGCUGCUCGUAUCAUUCCUGAGAGCGACUCACUGGGACUUCUUCUCGUUCCUCAUAAUCGAGCUUGACGAAAGGAUGAAAAUUAAUCCAACUAGUUGCGACUACAGAAACGCUAAGAAACGUUGCAAUGCCAGUGUUCUUCAUCGUUCUAAGAAACCUCUACUCGCUCGCAGGUUCUACGCCACAGAUGGACUCAACGGCUGGAAUCUAGCUGUUAUUGGAAACUACUGGUCGCCAACCGGAGCCUCUCCAGUUCAUGUAAAGGACAUGUACUUGCCAGUUAAUUUCCGGACCGAGAGUGAGAAGACAAAGUUUAACUCCGAAGUUGCGAAACUUGUGCAGAUUUUUACUAGCCGCAUGAAGGACUACGAGGACGACCUACAACGCGUCCGCACCACCUAUAUUGCAACACAUAAUUCUUAA